AUGGGGACUUACAGUACCUCUGCUUCCUGCAUGAUGCCCAGCAGGAUCUACGUCAUCACUUCAGCCAAUACAAACAGACAAAUUCGCAAUUACAGGAGAUACGUGAACAGGCGGUCAAACUCGAUGCAGAGGAAGACCGUUUCUGUGGAAUCCUACAUUCAGAGUACUACCAAUGUCUACCACAGGCAUGUUCUGCUGCAAGAAAUACACAGCGUUGUAAAGGAGGAUUCAACUUUGGCAAAAGGAGAUUCCGGAAGACGUUCAUCAGAAUCACAUCAAGCACCGAACGAAACAUUCGGUGGAACAAUAACAACCCCAAACCCCCAUCUUGAUGCCUAUGUUCCAGGGAAAUAUGGUAUUCUUAGGGAUUGUUCUGACGUGAAAAAGCAACACCCUGAUGCCUUAAAUGGCGUGUACAGUAUUAACCCAGACACCACCAUCCCCUUCAGCGUAUACUGUGACAUGACAACAUCGGGUCUCGCAUGGACUGUGAUACAGAAGAGACGCGAUGGGUCUGUACGGUUCAACAGAACAAGUGCUGAGUACACGGAUGGAUUUGGAGAUCUGAAGACAGAGUUUUGGUUAGGGGACUCAUUCCGCGAUGCCGAUGGAGAACAAUUCUCUACUGAAGAUGAUGAUAGAGAUGACAAAUUAUUUGACAAUUGUGCCAAGAAGUAUUUCGGGGGUUGGUGGUAUAAUGCCUGCGGAGGAAGCUGCCUGAAUGGACUCUACACUGCAAGCAAUGGCCGGGGGAUAUUUUGGAGAGACUGGAGAGGGGAACCUAUCAAAGUCACCGAAAUGAAGAUACGUUCUUUGGAGAGAGUAAAAGAUUGCGUUGGACUUCCAAAGAAUAAAGGCGGGGCGUACAUGGUAAAUCCUGAUGACCUGCAUCCCUUCCCAGCUUACUGCGACACGACAACAGAGGAUGGGAACUGGCUGGUUAUUCAAAGGAGGAGGAGUGGGACUGUGAACUUCUAUAGGACCUGGUCGGACUAUGCUCGAGGAUUCGGGGACACAGAAGGCGAAUUUUGGAUUGGAAACAACGUUUUAAAUCGUUUGACGAAAUCUGGAAACACUAUGCUAAGGAUCGACCUUGAGGACCCUGCUGGAGAGAAGUGGUAUGCCAUAUAUCGGCACUUCAAGGUGGCAAGUGAAGCGGAAUACUUCAAGCUCAGCAUUGGGAAUUACAGUGGAAAUGCAGGCGACAACCUAAGGUACCACGCUGGCAGAGAAUUCAGCACAAAGGACAGGGAUCAGGACCGCCACCUUCUUGUCAACUGUGCUGUCAAACAUACAGGUGCUUGGUGGUACAACGCCUGCCACAAAAGCAACUUGAAUGGACAAUACAACAUCACUGUCAAUGGCCAGGGGAUCGCCUGGGCGGGCCUAAAACUCCCACUCACGUUUACUGAAAUGAAAAUUAGACAAUGA